UAUUUAAGACUGUUCGGAGAGGGAUUGGCUGAUUUCAAUUCGACUUUGCGCGAUUGGUUGGAUUCUGAGAGUCCUCUCUAUCUUGGUUGAAUCCUGUCCAAAUCGUUGCCUGAACCCAGAAAAAUUUCUCCCCCCUUCAGGCCAACCCAUCUCGAUUCACAGCCUAAUCUGUGUAGAAGCCAUUUCCGAUUACCAGUCUGUGCCCGUUUCAGUUUUCUCUGAGAAACCCUGAUUGAUGGAGGCUUUCUCAGUGCUGUCAUCAGCUAUCGGCAGCGUCUCCUCUGCUUCUCGGUUUCUCCGUAGCCUCCCUUCUUGUUGAAGAAGUCUUUCUACUUUAUUUCUUCCCGCUUCGCGAGUUUUCGACAUCUGUGCUAUUUUGGUUUGGUUUGAUUCUCUGUAAGAAAGGAAAGAUGAAUGUGGUGAAGUCUCGGGUUUGGCAGCCUUGCAAGAAGAAGAGAUCUUGAUUUCCAGAGAGAGAGUUGAAGAAAGGAAAGAGAAGGACACAAUGGAUGGUAUUUGCAUCUAGUUCCAAGACUCUCAUGGUGCAGAUCGGUGAGUUGAAGAAAUCAUCCUGAGAUAGGGAGAUAUAUAGACAGAGAAAGAGAGGGAUGGCUUCUCGUUCAUCCGCCAGCGGCGGCAAGACGGUGGGGAGGUAUGAGCUGGGAAGGACGCUGGGGCAGGGAACGUUUGCAAAGGUGAAGUUUGCUAAGAACACAGAGACCGGAGAGAAUGUGGCUAUAAAGAUUCUGGACAAAGAGAAAGUUCUCAAGCACAAGAUGGCUGGUCAGCUUAAACGUGAAAUUUCGACCAUGAAAUUAAUCAGACACCCAAAUGUCAUCCGUAUGUAUGAGGUUAUGGCUAGCAAGACAAAGAUAUACAUUGUGUUGGAAUUUGUGACCGGGGGGGAACUCUUCAGCAAAAUUGCUAGUAAGGUGAGACUUAAAGAAGAUGAAGCAAGGAAGUAUUUCCAGCAGCUUAUAAAUGCGGUGGAUUACUGCCACAGGAGAGGCAUUUUCCAUAGGGACUUGAAGCCUGAGAAUCUGCUAUUGGAUGCAAAUGGAGUUAUUAAAGUUUCAGAUUUUGGAUUAAGUGCUUUACCUCAACAAGUUCGCGAAGAUGGGUUACUACAUACAACCUGUGGUACGCCAAACUAUGUUGCUCCUGAGGUGAUCAAGAACAAAGGCUAUGAUGGAGCUAAGGCAGAUUUGUGGUCUUGUGGUGUAAUCCUUUUUGUCCUUUUGGCGGGUUACCUGCCUUUUGAAGACUCCAAUCUCAUGACAUUGUACAAAAAGGUUUUCAAGGCUGACUUCUCAUGUCCCCCAUGGUUUUCCUCGGGUGUGAAGAAACUAAUCAAAAGAAUCCUAGAUCCCAAUCCCUUGACACGCAUUACAAUUGCUGAGGUAAUUGAGAAUGAAUGGUUUAAGAAGGGAUAUCGGCCUCCCACAUUUGAAGAGGCAGAUGUUAGUCUUGAUGAUGUGGAUGCUAUUUUCAGCGAAUCAGGGGACUCACAAAAUUUUGUUGUGGAGAGGAAGGAAGAACGACCUGCAAUGCCUGUGGCUAUGAAUGCUUUCGAGCUCAUCUCAAAAUCACAGGGUCUCAACCUCAGAUCUCUUUUUGAAAAGCAAACGGGGCUUGUUAGACGGGAAACAAGGUUUGCAUCCAAAUGUCCUGCUAAUGAGAUCAUCUCAAAAAUUGAGGAAGCUGCUGCUCGAAUGGGUUUUGAUGUAAAGAAAAACAAUUACAAGCUGAAGCUUCAAGGAGAGAAAGCCGGGCUCAAGGGUCACUUAGCGGUUGCAACAGAGAUAUUCGAGAUGGCUCCUUCACUUUGCAUGGUUGAGCUACACAAGACUGGAGGAGACACCUUUGAAUUUCAUGUGUUCUACAAGAACCUGACAACCAGCUUGAAAGAUGUUGCCUGGAAAACAGGAGAUGAAGCACAAGCGGAAUCAAGUGCCGGUGAAGGCGAUCCGUAGCCUCCUCUAGAGAUCUAUUGUUGUGGGAAUUUGGUGAACAUUCAAUGACUAGAUAUGUUUUAACUUAUGCCAUGAGCUUGCUGUAAUUUGUCCUGUAAUUUGUCUUGUUGGUUUGUACGGUGAUUGAUGGGUGCAUCCCUCUAAUGUUAGAAAUUUGAUUUCUAUCCUCGUUGGGCUA